UAGAGCUCCCUCCACCAUGGAUAGCAAAUCUAGGGGUUUAAUUAAAUCCCUGGAGAAUUGGGCAAAGAAGAUAACUACAGGCUACAGGGAUGUUAACAUAUGUAAUCUGUCUUCUUCGUUCAGAGAUGGACUGGCCUUCUGUGCCAUCAUUCACCAUUAUCGGCCAGAUCUCAUCGAUUUUGAUUCCCUUUCAAAAGAAAAUAUUCUGGAGAAUAAUUCAACGGCAUUCAAAGUUGCUGAAAAGAGCUUAGGUGUCCCUGCCUUGCUGGAUGCUGAAGACAUGGUGGCUUAUGCUCAUCCUGAUAGAUUAAGCAUUAUUACUUAUUUAUCUCAGCUGUAUAAUUGUUUCGAAAAUCAAAACAAAGUAAGCAACUUGAAGUCUAACUUGAAGAGAAUCAAUCACAAUGAAACAGCAGGACCACCUGUGAAGCUGCCGGUUGUGCAGUCAUCUCUAUUAACAGCAAAACGACAUGAAGUGUGUCGUGUUUGUGCACAUCGAGUCUACAUUCUUGAGAGGCUUAUUGUUGAUGGAAAACUGUACCACACGCAAUGUUUCAAGUGUAGCAAAUGCAAUUCUCUUCUAAACCCUGGAGCAUAUGUGGAAAGUGAUACUCCUGGACUUUAUGAAUGUUCUGUUUGCCCAGAUGAAUCAAUGGAGCAGGAGUAUUCCUCUGAAUCAGAACCGGCCACUCCUGAAGCGAAAGUGAAAAGUCCAAAGAGCGAACCGUCAAGCUUAAGUCCAAAACUAGAGCGAGACAAUAAUGUAUUGAAUCCAUCACCACUUCUGGAGUCAGUGUCCCGAGCCAGAAAUAGUUUUUUACAAAAUAGUCUUUCAUCACAUGCCAAGACAAAUGGCAAAGCAGAACUUGCUAUAGAAACACAAAAUGUUAAAAGUAAUGCAAUAGAUCAAGGAAUUUCAGUUAAAGCCAAAAUUUCUGCAUUUGAAUCCAAUCAAGUUCCAAAGACCUCAUCUUUGUUUCAACCAUCCUUUACGUCUGAGACAAGUACUCGAAAAUUAUCAGCAUUAGCAGGCUCUAAUGAAGACAAUUCAUCUGUUCCAAAUGUGUCUCCUACACCCAUGCAAAGACUUUCAGUACUUCCAUCUGACACCAAUUUUAAAACUACACCAAAUUGUGAUAUACCAGGUGUUAAAAAUGUAAUUAGCAAAACCCCUGAUACAGAAAAUUCAUCCGAUAGACUAGCACAGCAAGCAACUGAAAGUCGAUUGCCUUCAACGAUUUUAACCAAUGAAGGAAAAGCGCAAGAAACCAAAUCUGUUGUAGAUUCGAGCUUAGUAAGAAAUGCCAUAACACCCCCCGUUGAAAUGAAAUCUACAAAUUUAGAUAGAAGUAGAAUAUUGACAAGGCCUUUAUCAUCUACAACUGAAUAUAAGAGCCCUUUAAAAUCUCCAAGAGAUAUAUUUCAGACAAAUAUUCAGCCUUUGAAACUAACUAGUCAAUUGUCCAAUAAAAAAGAUUCUCCUAGCUUCUCUGCACCUCCUCUUAAUUCUGCGAUGGAUUUCAAAAAUGUUCAAAUACCACAAAUUCGAUCUACUUACUCCAGUUUACCAAGGCCUGGCAGCUAUCAAAGCUUGACAUCUAAAGACCACCCUUCUAAGUCAAUUGUUAGUAAUUCAGAAACUAAUCUAUCUGACCAAGCACAGUCUGAAAAUAGUGGAAUAGUUCCUCGGAGGAGAUCCUUAGGAUCCAAACAUGACCACAUCAACGCAGAGGAUGUUUCUGGGGAUUCUACUAGGCCAAAGCACUUUCUUAGGACUCAGUCUUCUGUAGAAUUAAAAGCUAAUGCUGUUUCUAUGGAUGGUUUGCCUGAAACUAAUAUUGAUAGUGAUAUAUCUCGUGAUGAUAUUAAAAAGAAUGACUCAAAUUGUUCUCAUGAUCUAAAAGCCAGUUUCACUCCUGUUCCAAAAGCUAGACUCAGUCUUGAAAAGAAAUCCAAAACUACAAAUUCAGCUUUAGAAUCAAAUUCUAAAACAUCACUACAUGAUUUUAAAACAAAAGAAAUGAAAAGUAGCUUGGGAAAAGAAAUUUCUGGAAGUAAAGCCAUAAAAAUAGCUCAAAGGCCUAAAAUUGAUGUUAAAACUGGCACUACCAUUAAACAAUCCGAGGACAAUAAAGAAGACUAUCCUGACGAUUUAAAUCCAUUUGGUAGUGAUGAUGAUGGUAAUGAACAGGAUAAUGAAGAAGAAUAUCCUGAUGACCUUAAUCCGUUUGGUGAUGAAGAUGAGGACAAUGAAACAAGCACAUCAAAAACUGCUGAUGUUGAUUACGAUGAUUCAAAAAAUCCUUUUGCUUCCGAUGAGGAUGAAGAAGAACUUACAUCUGCAAAGUCUGCUGAUUUUUCAGGUAGAUUGCCAGCAUCAGCAGAUAUUUCACCUUUUCAUAGUAAUUCAUUUUCGAACAUAUCUUCUCCAACUGGUUCUCUGAGUGGCACUGCAAGGAAAAGACAAGCUCCCAGACCUCCAAAAUUAAGCGAUAUUUUCCCUAACGAGUCUGUGGAUUCGGAAGCUGAUACAUCUCUUAAUUCUUUAAAGUCAUCUCCUUCUAUUAGCAAGAAAAAUCUACAGACACCCUCUCCUAAAAUCAGGAAGAGCAAACCUGCUCCUCCCCCUCCCCCUAGCACUCCCAAUAGUAAACAAAGCUCCCAAACAGAUCUUACUGCUGGCGCUAAAAAAGCGAAAGAACUUGAUAAUUUGAAGUUGAAGUCAUCAACUCUUGAUUCUGCUUCUGAAAAAGACCCUUCAAAACAAAAUAAAAAGAAAAAAAGACCUGCACCACCAGUACCUAUACCAGCUAGAAAAGAUAUGAAGAAAAUUCCUCUCAAAGAAAUUAUGCAAGAAAUGAAAGAAAUAGAAGAAAAACAGAGAGAGUACGAAAGACAAGGUCGAGAAAUAGAGCUUCUAAUUCGAGAUAGAGAUAAAGAUGAAGAACCAUCUGUUGAGGAAGAAGAAUACAUAAUGCAGCUGUUUGAAUUAGUUAAUCAAAAGAACGCUCUUUUCAGGAGGCAAGCGGAAUUAAUGUAUAUAAAACGAUCUCAGCGUCUUGAAGAGCAACAAUAUGAGAUUGACAAGCAACUGAGGAUUUUAAUGGAGAAACCAGAUUCCGAGAAAACUGCGGAAGAUCGACUAAGAGAAGAAGAAUUAACGAUGGAGCUUAUUGAUAUCGUAGAUCAGCGAAACUCAAUUAUUGAUAGUAUAGAAAUGGAUAGGAGAAGAGAAAUUGAAGAAGAUGUUAGUGUGCAAGUACAGCUUGAAAUUAAAAAUGGUGACUUACCAAUUACAGCCGAAAUUAAAGAGAAAAGUGGGAAAAAGAAAAAAGUUAAAGUAAAAAAAGAAAAGAAGAAAAAUCAAGAAAAUGGUUCCAGUGAGUCUUCUAAAAAAGGAACUCUUAAGAAGAAGAUCUUUAGUAAAAAACAAGCAUCCUAGUUUUUCCAAUGAUUAAUUUUCCUAGAGUCAAUGCACACAAUUUUAAACUUUUGUUUUCCUUUUUCUUAAAAAAAAAAAUUGGCUUACAAAACUUUUUCGUCUGAUAUUUAUUUUAUUAGAUUGAAUUAUUCCUCAGGAAUAAGCUAAGGUUAUAGAUUGGAAACUGUCAGCUUCCAAAAGAUUUAUAUGAAAUAAAUGUGUCUGUGCUUUGUUUUAAAGCCCUUCAUAUUACUUAAUUACCAUAUACAAUUGGAUUGUGGAAAUGUUUUUUCCAUUACAUUUUCAAAGUGAUAUUUGAUCAUUGGGUUGGCUUUCAUGAUUCAAGUGUAUAAGAUUAGAUUACAGAGAAUGAUGAAAUGUUUCAAAUGAAUCACAUUGUUUUUCUGAAAAAA